AUGACUGAAAAAUCUUCAAUACCUGAAGCCAGGACAAUUGAAGAUAUGCAAAGAAAAAUUUCAUCAAAAGAGGCUGAAUUGGAAGAAAUAUUUAAUGAAAUUGAUGAACUUCAAAAUACAAAUGAUGAAUUACACGCCCAACAUACAGCAAUUCAAAUCCAAUUAAAUCAGCGAGUUAAGGAAGCUAAAAGAGAAGAGGGAUUAAAGAAAUCUCUCUUACUUGAAAGACAAUCUAGCGCUUCGCCUGCAAUUGAUCCAAUUCUUCUUCAAACUGAACAUUACGAUUUUCUUGUUGGUAAAGAAGACUCGAUUCGCAAACUUUCAAUUGAUUUAGAAGCACUUCAGAAGAAAUGUGAUAACCAAGAGUCCGAAUUACAAAGUGUCGUUCAAAAGAACGAUGAAACAGAACAAGAAAUCGCAAGGAUCGAAAGAGAAAUACAAAUCCUUGCUUCAAAAGGAAAAACAAUGAUUCAAGAAACAAAUGCUUUUAAAUACAACAUAACCCAGUUAAAAAGCGAUAUAGGAUUAUAUAAUAAAAAUAUAAACGAAAUUGAAGUACAGAUUAAAGAUGUUGUUAAUCAAAUUGAGAAAUUACAAAGUGAUUUACCAUUAUUAGGUAACAUUCAGCGUGAAAUCGAUACAAUUAGAAGAGAUAAUGAAGAAAUUAAAGAUAAAAUAGCACGUGCUACAGAAGAUGUGGAAGAAUUCGAGAAAAAUGCUGCAGAUGAACUGGACAUGAUUAAAGCAAGAGGUGAAAAAGCAAAGGAGAUCAUUGGAUGGUCUUCUGAAGAAAAAUCUCUAAUGAAUGAACUUAAUACAGUCACAGUUGAAGAUCAACAAGUUUCAGAAGAACUAGAUAAGAUAUUAAAUGAAAACACAAUUCUAAAGAAGAGGUUAUUAAAGUUACAGCCUAUUCAUAAGAAAUGGGCAGUUGCACUCAGAAAUGCAGAUUUAUCUCAUGAAACAGACACAAAUAUUGACCAACUCUUGAAGGAGUGCACACUCAAAAGUAAAAAGCAAAACAAGAAAGAAGGCGAUCAUAAGAAACGUCUUCAAGACUUAAUUGAAAAUAAUGAAAAGUUAGUGAACAAGAUUGCUAAAAGAAGAGAAAAACUUGAUAUAGUAAUGGGAAGAUUUAAGAUAGAAGAAAGCCAACUUAAAUCUCAGAUCAGAUCAAUUAGAAAUAGCGUGUUCGAAAAAGAGAAUGAGCUUAUUGAACAAAUACAGGCUUACAAAGUCAAAUUUGCUGAUAAUAAGUAA